UUCUCCCAUGUUGUCGCUGGUGAAGACGUGAUUCUGUUUAACAGGGAUUCCACUGCGUUAACAUCCAGCAGAUUGUGCUUGUCAAAGCAGAAAUGGCCACUCAAAAGAAGCUGGGGAAAAUCAAAAGGCCGCCUCCUGGUAAGACCUCCCUCGCCUCACCCUUCACCCCAACAUGGAGCCCACUCCCCCAAGAGGACAUGCAGUUCAUCCUGCAGACCCUGAAGGACAAACUCUUCUCCAUGGGCCUUGAGAAGAAAGAGGUGAAAAUCUUUCGCCCAUGGAAGAAGAAGAAGAAGGAGCAGGAAUCUGCUGCUGCUGCUGCCGCAACACCGGAACCUGUCGCUGCUGCCGAAACACCGGAGCCUGUCGCUGCUGCCGCAACACCGGAGCCCGUCGCCCAGGUGCAGGAUUCUCCUAAAAACGGCUGGACAGAUGUGGCGGCCCGACGACAGCUGGCCAUUGGCAUCAACGAGGUCACCAAGGCUCUGGAGAGAAAUGAGCUCAGAUUGGUGUUGGUGUGUAAGUCCGUCAAACCCAAUCACAUGACCAGUCACCUGAUCCCGCUGAGUGCGACGCGAGGAGUGCCGGCGUGCCAGGUUCCCCGUCUGAGCCAGAGCGUGUCGGAGCCGCUGGGGCUGAAAAGUGUCCUGGCACUGGGAUUCAGACGCUGUGCCUCCUGUGACGAGGACAUCUUCACCGACACCGUUGAUGCCAUUAAACCCAGAGUGCCUUCACUGAGCAUUGCCUGGCUACCGGGUGCAGCUCCACUGGGUGGUGCAGCCGCUGUGACACCCGACGACCCUGCAGACAUGGAGGAUGAGGCGGAGGCUGGAGAGAAGGGAGGCCAGAAAAGAAAACUGGAGAGUGAGACUGAGGCGGUGACAGAGUCUCCCUCCUCCUGGACUCUGCAGCCGCUCAAAGUGAAGAGAGUUGUUGCUAAUCCUGCAAAGAAAAAGAAAAAAAAGUAGACUGUCAAACUAAAGAGAACAUCUGUCUGAAUAUUUUUGGACCUCUCCUGUGUUUUAGCCCAGAGGCUCCCAACGUUUUCGUCCUGGUGACGUCUGGUCACAGGUUAGUUCUUGGAUAUGGGACGGAUUUAUUUUUUCCUUUUUAAGAUCAUUUAAUCUUAAGAGACUUUGAGAGGUGGAGAUAUCCAACGUUUUAUUAUGUUACCAUGUUAUUCAUUAGAUUUAUCUUGAGUACCCUGCUGACUCCCAUGUGUUGGGAUUCACUGUUGUUUUCCAAAUUUCAUCCAUUCAGCAAUUACUUUAUAAUCCCUCAGUAUAUUUUGUAAAUCAGCUCACCAAGACUUGAAACUUUCUUUGUCAUAGAUCGUCCAUUACAGCUUCUCCAUGAGUUGUUGGAACCUUUCAUAAAAAAGUAAAACAAUAUUCUUGCUGCACUGACAUGAAUUGGGACCCGUAGCAGUAUAGACUGAUGUCAAGACAACCUCUCAUACACUAUGGUUUGGAGGAUGAACUGCAGUUUAUAUCAAUCAGUGACUUAGUUAAAAUGUGUAAUGGUCCUUUUUAAAUUUCGUUUGUCAAAAUGUGAUAUUUAACAGAAAAAACAUAGAACAUUUAAAUAUGUUGGUAAUGAUGAAUUUAAACAACUGGCAAUGUGCGAUGUUUGGGUUUUUGAUGAAUGUAAUAAAAACGGAAUUAAACAUGUCUCAUCCUCACCAGUUUGCAGUUUGUGUAAUGAUCAGACCAUAAUAAACCACAGACAUGCACCACUCGUG